CAACUACAACCACAAUCGUCUUAAGUUAACCCAAGGGAAGUUGAUUAAUAUUCUAGAAAAAAUAAUAAUUGGACAAUGGAUGAUGAUAAUGGCAAAUCAUGCUCAGAAGCUAAUGCCGAGCAGAGCGCAACUUCAAAUGUCUCUCAUGACUGUUCCGACGGAGCCGUUUGGUCUGUAAAUAGAGUCCGAAAGGAAAAGGGAAUCGUUGCCGAAAUGGUUACGCAUCGCUAUGCCGAGGAGUAUAAAAUGUGUCAUAAGCACCGUGGCCUGGCGCUGAUCUUUAGCCAUGAGCUAUUCAAUAAGAGGGGCUUGGCAUCAAGGCCCGAAACGAGUGUGGACACCAAAAAUCUCGAACGUGUGCUCAAGCACUUGGAUUUUAAUGUAGAGGUUCACAAAGAUUUGCACCAUAAGCAAGUUAUGAAAAAGAUAGCCAGUGCUGUUGCACUAAACCAUAGAGAACACGAUUGCAUCCUGGUGGCUCUACUAACGCAUGGCGACAAUGGCGUGCUCUAUGCCAAGGACAAGUUAUACAAGCUGGACGACAUCUGGGAAGCUUUUAGUGCGGACAAAUGCCCCUCGCUGGCGGGCAAGCCAAAGAUAUUUAUCAUUCAGGCCUGCCGAGGCAAACGCAGGGAUCCCGGCCAUAUCCGGCAGUCUAUGGGCCACACCGAAACGGACAGUGAUUCUGGUAGCAACUAUAAGAUUCCCAAAUAUGCCGACUUCUUGAUUGCGUUCUGCACAGUGCCUCAAUAUUGUUCUUGGAGUAAUUCAGUGCAGGGCAGCUGGUUUAUACACAGUCUCUGCGACGAACUGGAGGCCAAUGCCAGGCGUCUGGACAUGCUCAACCUGCUCACAUUCGUUGCCCAGCGCGUGGCCAACUGCGAGUCCUCCGACGAGCAGCAUAAGCAAAUCACCUGCACCAUGUCUACUCUAACGCGAAUUUUGCGCUUUGGGGACAGCCUAAGGGAUCGCUUUUAGAAUAAAUACAAGAAGAGAUAUCCUUGCCUCAUCGUGCUGUUGCUCACAAACGCUUCUCUAAACUUUUUUACUGAUCGAAUCCAACUAACUUAAAAAGUAUUUUUAAAAAAGUUUACUUUCACAAUAUAAACAAUUAAUUAAUUAGCGAUGAGCAAGACUGGCGUGAUUGUGAUUUUAAAAAAACGCCUCAAAACAUGUUUCUAAAACACAAAAAUACCUAUACAUAAUUAUUCUACUUAUCUUCAACAUACAUACAUAAUCUAUUCAAACAAUUAUUUGAAAAAUUAAUUUUAUGUUGAAGCAAAUAAUUAUUGUAACGAUAUGCACUAUCGAUAUAUAUUUAUUUUUUUUUAGUAAUUAUUGCCUGCGAUCAACAAGUACUCAAAAGCCACGA